UAAAUAUCGCUAAGAUAUGUCAAGUUAAUAGGCUACAGGCUAUAGGCUACACGUCAUUUCAGAUCGCUCCCCGCAGGCUGUCCCUCUCUUUUCAUCAAUAGUUCGUAGCUAUGCUCAGCAUGCAUUUUAGUCUAGUUGGUUUGUGGUAAGCAACUGUACAACAUGACCAAAACCGACCAGUGGUUUCCAUGGUUUGUUGCGAGUUUUUAAGAUGCAAGAAAGUCACGCCUUGUCAGUUGUCAACUCAGUGGAUAAUUUGUAGCCAUAUGCCAGGAAUGCAUGCAUCGUUUGAUAAUCGCGGGUUUUGGUCACAUUUGGAUGAAAUGUUUUUUAGGUUUUCCGUGGCAAGGUGAAAUGCUGCUGUGGUCUCGCAUACAGUCCUAGUCUUGCACUACAGUGGCACAAGACCGUGUCCUAAAAAAAGCGAUUGUUAGACUAGGCUAUAUAUAUAUAUAGGCUAUAUAUUUUUUUAACCUUUGUGUGACUUGCGUAAAGAGGAAGUUUCGUAAUGGCUACCCUGCGGUCCAGAAACCGGCUGUUUGAACUGGGCUACUUCUGUCAGAAUGUAGGCUACCAAUUCGCGUUGCAAAUAAGGAAAUCUAUCGAUUGCCUCCAUACAACUGUGCCAUUUAAACGCAUGUUAAAAGGAUCAUUGAACAAUUUACCACGUGUUACAAUAUUGGCGUGUAUAUUAGGCUAUUGUUUAAUCCGUCUGAGAGCCUAAUGUUUAUAUUGAUUGAUAGUUGCUUGCUGUUCACAGGUCUGCCAACAUUGUUACAGAACUAGUUUGAUAGUUAAACGUAUAUGUGACAAAAGCAACAUAGGCUACUAAUUAGGCUUCAGAAGUCAUCCCAGGUUAACAUCUCAGAAGUGACGUCACCAGCAUGGCAACCACAUCUACCUGAAAACAACUAUGUGUACAGCCUAGCAACGCACAAGUGCGGGCUUUUUAAUCAAUGGUUGGAGAGCUAUAGGCUACGUCCAAGGAACCGGCAACUUAUGCCUCACAAGAAGUAUUUUUCUUGAUGGUGUCAUGUAACGGACUAACCUAGUCUACGAAGAUAUCAAUCGCCUGAACAGCCUCUUGAAAAAUACACGGAUAACCAGGUUAAAGAACACGUCCAGGUGUAGUUUAGUAUUUCCCAGAAUUAUCGCCCGUGUGUCCCUCCCUCGCCCCCUCAGUGAGCAGGAGCAAAAGGGAGUGGAGGAGAGGAGGAGCUGGGGAGAGGGACAGGGAGAAGAGGAGUGUCUGUGGCGUCUGUCGCUCAGUUCCGCGAGAGCUGAGACGGGCCAGUCAUGAAGGACUCUGUGUUCAACUGCUGUUUUCUCCCGCCUCUUCCUCCAGGAGAGGAGGCGGAGAGAACCCGGCGCCCGAGAAAUAUGGCCGCCGCCCCAACCUCCUCCUCCCCCUCCUCCCCGCCCCCUCCUGACAAGCGCUUCCUCAUCUUCUUCGACUUCGACGAGACCAUCGUGGACGAGAGCAGCGAUGACGUGGUGGUGCAGGCAGCGCCGGGGCAGAAGCUUCCGGGCUGGCUGAAGGACAGCUACCGGCCGGGGCACUACAACGAGUACAUGCAGCGCGUGCUGGCCUACAUGGCCGAGCAGGGCGUGUCCGAAGCCGCCAUCCGCGCCGUCAUCGAGGGCAUCCCCGCCUCGCCGGGCAUCCUGGCGCUCUUCCAGCACCUGCGCGGCCGGGCGCGGGACUUCGAGAUCGUCCUGGUGUCCGAUGCCAACGCCUUCUUCAUCGAGGCCUGGCUGCGCAAGGCCGGCGCCUGCCAGCUCUUCGCCAAGAUCUUCACCAACCCGGCGGCGUUCGACGGGGCGGGCCGGCUGCGGCUGGGGCCCUACCACUCGCACGCGUGCCUCCGGUGCCCCGAGAACAUGUGCAAGCAGGCCAUCCUGCGCGAGUACCUGGCCCGCCGGGCCGCCGAGCGGGGCCGGCCCUUCCAGCGCGUCUUCUACGUGGGCGAUGGCGCCAACGACUUCUGCCCGUCGCUGGUGCUGGGUCCGCGGGACACGGCCUUCCCGCGCCGGGACUACCCCAUGCACGCGCUCAUCGGCCAGCUGCACGAGGCGCGGCCCGGAGACUUCCAGGCCGCCGUGGUGCCCUGGGAGAGCGGGGAGGACGUGGUGGCCCGGCUCCAGAGGCUGGCCGAGGAGCGCUGAAGCCUGGCAGCCAGACAUGACCUCUGACCCUGGCUGACACGCGCUAUACACACACACAUACACACAUACACACACACAUACACGCAUACACACACACACACACACACACACACAGUCUGCGGAAGCACAAUCAUGGAACACAGGUACACAGAGAAUACCUCACACGGACAAGGGGUAGGACACUCAGCUAUUUAUAGAAAAUAUCCAUCUGCAUAUAGAUGUGUCCGUACAGUAAAUAUAAAUAUUAUUAUACCUGCAUACGCACACGCACACUCUUUCAUAAACACAAACACCCUCAUGCUCACACAGGCCCCAACCAUCCCACCUCCCCCCCCAGCCAGUUGAUCUGGACCACCUUCUCCCCACGCCCUCACCUCAAUGGCAUGUCCACAGCUUCUCACACUUACAGUACACUCAAAAUGGACUGGAGAGGCAAGAGUAACUCUGCCUGGACCAAAGCUCAGCACAGCAGGAAACUAACCGGUAUUAAAUGUGCAUUCUGCACGGUUUACGGCCCUCUUCUGGCCAAUUAUAACUCAGGCAACCACUCACUGACCAAUGGCAACUCACCAUCCUGCAUGGUGUCUCAGAACCCAAAGCUUCAGUACUCUGAAGACAGACUCGCUCUGAAGUCUGUGCUAAAAGGACUGGUGACCUCAACGAACCUGAAAUGCUCCACAUAACCAGCAAACCCAGGAGUGCAUGCCCUAAUAUUAUACUUAGUGAUUAUUCUGAAUGAAUAGCCAAACAGUAGAGUUUUAUAAAAAGGGCUGUCGCAAGUAAUCUUAGUAAAGAUCUGUACUGCCUGAGGCCGACUGUACCUCUUCAGCUUUUGGAUUCUGUUCAUUUGAUCGCCAUAAAUAAGUCUACACUGCUAGUAUUGCUUAAAAUUAUUUUUCAAAGCUAUAAUGAAAUUGAGACUUUAGCAACUCUAAAAACAUUUUCACAAAAGUAGUUUUUCUAAUAGCAUAAUUAACUAUACAGUCAGGUUAAUGCAUAGGGUUAAUGUGAAUGUAGCGGACCCAUAGAACUAAUUUUGUUGUCGCGAGUCGCCACCUGCAGUCUGACAACAGCCAUUACAUUCGGAUCAAAGUGUGGAACCUCUAUGGUGCUUCUCGGCUUCCAAUUCUACCUUGAUUUAAUAAUCCUCAACCUGACACACUUUGACGCAUGGGGGCUGCAUGAGCAUGAUUCUGCUGUUUGCGUUUCAACCCCGAAAGCAUUUCUUCUUUGUGUGAGUACAUUAUACUGUAACAGUAUAUCCUUGUGACCAGCAAUAAGACCUUGGUGUCCAAAAGGACCAAGUGAAAUGACUCACAUCUGAUAAUUUGCCUCUUUUUUGUCAGUGCUACAUUUUAAAGAAUUGUAUAAGUUUUUAUCAAUGUCUGCUUUUCAAAAGUGAAACUAUUCAUGUAUGCGCAUUUGUCCUUUAUCAACAGGAAUAUAAAGCCAUAAAAAACUGGUGCUUUUUGUCAAGUUUUCUUCGUUCAUUUAUACAGUACCAGUCAAAAGUCUGAACACACCUACUCACAGAAAGGGUUCUCUUUAUUUUUACCAAUUCCCACAUUUUAGAAAAUAGUCAAGUCAUCAAAACUAUGAAAUAACACAAAUGGAAUUAUGCAGUGACCAAAAAAAGGCAAAACAAACUUAUAUUUUACAUUCUUCACAGUAGCCGCCCUUUGCCUGGAUAACAGCUUGGCACACUCUUGGCAUUUUCUCAACCAACUUCAUGAGGUAGCCACCUGGGAUGCUUUUCCAGCAAUCUUGAAGGAGUUCCCAUAUAUGCUGAGCACGUGUUGGAUGCUUUUCCUUCACUCUCCGGUCCAGCUCAUCCCAAACCAUCUCUAUUGGGUUUAGGUCAGGUGCCUGUGGAGGCCAGGUCAUCUGAUGCAGCACUCCAUCACUCUCCUUCUUUGUCAAGUAGCUUUUACACAGCCCGGAGUUGUGUUUUGGGUCAUUGUCCUGUUGAAAAACAAAUGACGGCCCAACUAAGAGCAAACCAGAUGGAAUGGCGUGUCACUGCAGAAUUCUGUGGUAGCUAUGCUGGUUAAGUGUGCCUUCAAUUCUAAAUAAAUCACCAGCAAAGCACCAUCACACCUCCACCCCCAUGCUUUACAGUGGGAACCACACAUCCAGACAUCAUCCAUUCACCUUUUCAGCGUCUCACGAAGACACGGCGGUUGGAACCAAAAAUCUGAAGUUUGGACUCAUCAGACCAAAGGACAGAUUUCCACUGGUCUGAUGUCCAUUGCCUGUGUUCCUUGGCCCAAUAAAAUUUCUUCUUAUU